AUGUGUUUCUCUGGUUCGUUUUAAGUGACUUCAUUACAACAACAAUUUAAAUUAAAUACAAAUAUAUUAUAUGUGAUACGCGCGACGUAGCGAGACACAUACGAAUUCAAAAAGUGCAUUUCGACAAAAGUUUAAUCACAUUGCCCAGCCCAGCGUAUAGCGUACAGUGAAUUGAAUCGAAACACGGAAAAAAAGAAAGGAGUGCAGUUACUAAAUCACUACCAUUCUGUGAAAACGGAAUAGACAAAGUAAAUUGCGAGAGAGAAAAAAAGAACUAUAUAUCGGUGGUCAUUUCCAAUUGAAUCAACAAGCGGAAUUGAACUGAAUUAUUGUGUGAUCACGUAUCAAUCGGUCAAGCAAUAAACCGAACACAUCAAAUAGCGUCAAUCAAACGAACAGCAAAUAGCAGCGAAAUUAAGUAAAGCAGCAAAAGGAAAAAGAAAGAAAAUAAUAUGCAAACGAUAAAGUGUGUCGUUGUCGGAGAUGGAGCCGUGGGUAAGACGUGCUUGCUUAUCUCGUAUACAACAAAUAAAUUCCCGUCCGAAUAUGUGCCCACGGUUUUCGACAAUUAUGCGGUGACGGUCAUGAUCGGUGGCGAACCAUAUACACUAGGUCUAUUUGAUACAGCUGGUCAAGAAGAUUAUGACCGUUUGCGACCAUUGUCAUAUCCACAAACCGAUGUAUUCUUAGUCUGUUUUUCGGUUGUUAGUCCCAGUUCGUUUGAAAAUGUCAAGGAAAAGUGGGUGCCUGAAAUAACACAUCAUUGUCAAAAGACGCCAUUUUUAUUGGUUGGCACACAAAUCGAUUUGCGUGAUGAGAAUACAACUCUAGAGAAGCUCGCCAAAAAUAAACAAAAGCCAAUUACAAUGGAACAAGGAGAGAAAUUAGCCAAGGAGUUGAAAGCUGUUAAAUUUGUUGAAUGCUCUGCAUUGACACAGAAAGGAUUGAAAAAUGUAUUCGAUGAGGCUAUUUUGGCAGCAUUGGAGCCCCCAGAAUUACCGAAGAAACGAAGAUGCAAGUUCCUUUAAACACCAAUCCAAUCUUAUUCCCCGAACUGUCUGCCUAUGCACGUUCUGUUCCUCUUUGUUCACACAACGUUGCUUAACUGUCAAAUGAAAUAAAGAAACAAAACACACGAAUCAACUGGAUAUGCUGACAUUUCAGCAAAUAACAUGUAUUUCCGAAUUGAACGCAUCAAAAAGAAUCUAUAUAUAUAGUUUUGAAAAUUUAAUUUUGUGUAGUAUGGUCGGAACGGAAAAUAACAUGAAUUGUAUUCAGCAACAAGAAAGCAGUUAUUAUUUUGCUAAAUUAUAAAUAUAAGUGAUCUUAGUUCUCUAUCAAUGUGUAAAGUGCAACAAAAAGGACACAAAACAUAUAGGCGGCGCGUUUAAAGAGGAACAUAUCAUUUUUUAUUUGGACAACGGUAAAAAUAACAUUAAUUUCACCAUAAAAUUUUAUAAAAGCAGAAAAAAAUAUAUUGUAUAUUCUUCAACCGUAUGAAUCGCAGCUAGAGUAACGGUUUUGAAUACUGUGUGGCCAUUUGAUGUGUUGAAAAUAGUGUUUUCACACACAUCCAAAAAAAAAAGUUGUCUAUGAAAAAUCACAUGUACCUCUUGAAACCGCUUCAAAAUAAAGUAUUUACAAAAUCAAAACAGCAACAAACAAAAAACAUCGGGAAACAAUUCUUCAGUUGAACCACAACACAAUACAGUUUUUAUCAUCUUGUAAACAAAUUGUAUUUUAUGCGGCUUUUUGUGUAUUUUUCUAGCGCAUUUAAUCUGUCCAAUUCUCUUUUAUUUACCCCCUUCUUUUAUGUGUAUUUUUUUUUUCAAAACUAAAUUAAGUAAAACACAUUUGGAGAUCAUUUACAAAAAAAAUGAGAAAAAAUUUAAAUCAUUUUAGAAUGUGUAAGAGAAAACAUUUAAAAAAUAGAACAAAAACCAAUUAAAGAUUAUGGAUGAAAUCUCAAUUUCAUGAGCAAAAACACACAUAAACUAAAGAAAUAAUCAUUUAAACAAAAAAAAACUUACAACAAUUGAAAAUAAUAGCAUAUUCGGCAAAAAAUAGUAAUGGGCGAGUGUUUGCAUUAGACUUUGAAUGCAGUGUCUUAUGCAGUUUACAAUAUUAUAAGUGCAGUUGUGAACGGUCUUCCUUCAACGACUAAUGCACAUACUUGGUCGAUGCAACAAAUUAAACAAUUAAUUUAAAGUUUAAAAUAAAAAUUAACAAUUAAAGAUUACGAUUAUAUUUUAUUGAGAAAGAGGGAGAGAAAGAUAAGUUUGCAUUUAGUUUGAAUUUUAUUGAAGGAAAUUAUGAAAUGAGCAAGAAGAAGAGAAAUAGAAUGGAAAAAAUGCAGUGGAAAUAGAAAACUUUAUAGCAAUAUAUAAUGAAAAGUCAUAGAAAACAAAUGUUUUUUUUUUUGCAAAUAUUCUUUUCGUUUCUUUCACACCAGGGACUGUUCCUCUGCGGAGGUGGAAUGAUGAAAGGAGAAGAUUGCUGCGGAUCUGUUUGUCUUCUUAUCAUUUCUUCUACUUAGAGGAACAAUCCCUGUUUCAAUCACAAUAGUGGUUUGCUCAGGUGAUGAAAAUUGCACAAACAAAGCGCAUUUUUUGGAAAUUCAAACGGACAAACGACUUAUUCCAAAUUAUUAAUUGAAUAUUAACACGAAAAUGUGUUUUUCGUUCAUUUUUUUUUGUUGGAAAAAACCAUUUUAAUGCAAGUCAUUAUUUAAGGAAAUAGGUUUGUUUGUUCGAUUGAUAAUGAAGUGCAUUUGAAUUUUGGCUGGAAAAAGAUUCUGUCUUCUAAAUAAAUGGAACACAAUAAAGACUUGAACAUAUUUGAUGAA